AUGGCCAGGAGGAAAGUAGUUAAUCUUUUCUCAAUUGUCAUGCUUUGCAUUACAAUAGUACAAGGAAGAAAAACCAUAAACACUAGUAAUGAAUUUUCAGCAUCGUCUCUAGAUAACAAUGACGAUGGUAUCUGCAAGAGUAUGGUAGAGACACAAGGUUACACUUGUGAAGAACAUAAGGCUACAACAUCGGAUGGCUUCAUCCUGAGCAUCCAGAGAUUGCCGGCAGGACAGUCCGGUAAGAAAGCAAACAAGCCACCAGUGCUAAUACAUCAUGGUCUCUUUUGUGAUGGUGUAUCAUGGCUGCUGAAUUCACCAAAUGAAUCAUUGCCAUUUAUUUUAGCAGAUAGUGGAUUUGAUGUGUGGCUUGUUAGUGGUCGUGGGUCAAAAUAUAGCUCGCACUCAUCACUAACUCCUAAAGACUUGGGUUACUGGGAUUGGUCAUGGGAUGAAUUAGCUAGCAAUGAUCUUCCUGCUUCAAUGCAAUAUGUUUACGAUCAUACCAGUCAAAAAAUACACUAUGUAGGUCAUUCACAGGGAUCUUUAAUAGCUUUUGUUGCUUUUUCUCAAGGAAAACUUCUUAAUAUCACAAGAUCAGCUGCAUUGUUAAGUCCAAUUGCUCAUAUGAGCCACAUUACUUCAAAGGCAACAAAACUUGCUGCUGAAAUUUUGUUAGCUGAUUAUAUACGCUGGUUAGGCAUCCACGUAUUCCUUCCUACUUCGGGUCCUGGAUCAGAUCUUUUGAAUCUCAUCUGUGUGAGGCUAAACCUAGACUGUGUAAAUCUACUGUCAAUUUUCACAGGUCCGAAUUGUUGUUUAAAUACUUCUAGGGUACAAUAUUAUCUCGAACAUGUACCACAACCAACGUCAACAAAGAACUUGAUCCAUUUUUCUCAAAUGAUCAGAAGAGGAACAAUAGCAAUGUAUGAUUAUGGUAUUUUUAAUUGGGUACACUAUGGUCAACUAUUACCUCCAGAUUAUGACUUUUCCAAAAUUCCAAAUGAUUUGCCUCUUUUUCUUGGAAUUGGAAAGUUAGAUAUGCUAUCUGAUGAAGAAGAUGUGAACGAUUUGCUCAAUUUCGAGUUCAAAAAUCAUGAUGCUGACAAGCUUAUGAAGGUGGUAUUGGAAAAUUAUGCUCAUGCUGAUUUUAUUUUAGGUGUCAAAGCUAAACAAGACGUUUAUGAUCCCAUGAUAGAUUUUUUCAAUGCUCAUUGAUAUUUAAUGGCAUUAUUGUGCUUCAAAUAAUGGUGUACACACAUAUGUAUAUAGUGUUUGUGUUUGUUAUAUUUUU